AUGGAAGGCGGUAUUGAGGGUAUCGCAGACCUGGUUCGUAAUCUGGAUAUUACCGGAGAUACAUUUGAGAAUCGUGGACAAGAACGAAAACGAUCAACACACAACCACCUAGUCACUCUGCAGACUACCGUCGACAAGCUUAUACGACUUACCAGUACCAUCACCUUACAAGCUCAAUCCAUCAAUUCCCUGAGUAACGAUGCCAAUUCCUCCGGUGUCCUCUCUGAGGCAUACUCGCUCCAUGAGGGGAUCAAAAAGCUCACGAGCAUCACUCACAAUCUUCAAACCACUGUUGAAACGCUUACUGAGGCCACGGAGCGUUCUGUUAUCAGACGCCUCAAGACCUAUGGAAGCCAUACAGGAACCAUUUGUGAACUCUUAUUACAUUUUGAUGACCAGAUCAAAGGCAUUGUCCGGGAAGUCUUGAAUCAUACCAACGGUCGCGAGGUAUUAUGGAAGGUGGCUGAAGAAUGCUUUAACCAAGCCACUCGUCUUUCUGGGAACCUCGAUGCCAAUGACUACUUUGAUCCACUUGAAGAAUCCCGUCUCCAAUGGCCAUACGAUCCUGAUUUUGAGAGCGAAGAAUACUACGAGCAUGAGAAUCGCCUCAGCGUGGACGAAGACUACGCUGCAGCUUUUAAAGACCAAAUUUCCCGCAGAUUCGAUGCUCGCAGUAAAGACAGGCAGAGUUGGCCUGACUUUUGGAUUACGGUAUUGACCAAAGUACCUCAUGGGCCCACUCUGUUCUACCCGCCAGCAAGUUUAUGCAUGCAAUCAUUGAAUUUGGAUGCUGAACCCCCUUACCUGUUUCGGACGUUCGACGAGGUUAGCUCAGGGAGAAAUGAUGACAGUGUAGUAGCUUCUACAGCAAGUGUUUUCAGUCCACAAGACAGCUCCCGAACCGAUCUGCUGGGGUUGGAAAGACAUCGCGCAACUGAAUUGCUGCAUCAGCAUCUAACAAAAUCGUGCUUUCACGGCAAGGUGUCUGAUAACCUCAUGUCCUGGUCAAGCUCCUUACUUUUCACUGUACAAUACGCGAUUUGGAGGGCCAGGAUCCGCAAGUGCCCCCGGUCCGAUAUCAAGAUUUGUAUUGUUGACACCAGGAAAUUUCCAAAAGGACAAUUCGUUCAAGAUCUCUGGUUGAUCAGAGCAUAUUAUGCAACUGCCGCAGACAUCGGAGGGGAGACGCAAAGAUUUUUCCGAUUCCGCCUCGAGAAUGAAAACUUCUAUAACGGCGAAUACCUUUCGCAAGGAGAAGUAAAUCAUGGAGGUCGAUCUUGCGUGAUCUCUCUGAAGCAGCUUCUGGAUGCCGGACUCUCUCAACUAUAUCCCGAGUUUGAAGAACCCAGAGGUAGUGAGAAAUGGCCUCAUCGAGUGAUGGAACUGCGUCAGAGUUGGUCAGCGGAACAAGUAACGACAGAUCGGGAGAUUCAGCUUGCGUUUGGAGUGGCACGCAAAUGUUUCGCUGAGUUCGAGCCAUCCGAGAUAGCUCCCAUCCUCCUGACUUUCAAAAACCGCAAUUCCCUUUCGGGGCUGAAACCCGCCGAUCAAUUCGACAACCAGCGGCCAAAAUGGGCAGACAAGCCAGACGAAGUCCGUCGAUACUGGAUGGCUACUCAAUCCUACAACGAACACCCCAAUGCGCAGAUCAAUCGUUUGCUCCUUAAUAUCCAUGCUCAACCCUCGGCAUAA